AUGUCAUGGAGGGUGCUGUCCGCCCGAACGACUGCCCGUCGCAGCGCAACGGCACUAUCAGAGCAGUACCGCUGCUUCUCGUGUAGCAUGCGAGCGAAUCAACAAACACCAUCAUCACCACGAAAAUCCGAGGACGAAUCUCGAAUGACGCAUUUCGGGUUUGAGAAUAUUCCAGAGGCCGAGAAAGAGUCAAGGGUUGGCGCCGUAUUCAGUUCCGUCGCAAGCUCGUACGACACCAUGAACGACCUCAUGUCUUUGGGUAUUCACCGCCUAUGGAAAGACCAUUUCGUACGCUCACUCAACCCGGGCUCACCCAAAGUCUCAUCAACUCAAUCCGAAGACGACGGCCAAAAGGGAUGGAAUAUUCUCGACAUCGCGGGCGGCUCGGGCGACAUUGCAUUCCGCAUGCUCGACCACGCAACAAACAUCAACAACGACCGGGACACUCGCGUCACGGUCAGCGACAUCAAUCCAGACAUGUUAGCCGAAGGACGCAAACGAAGCCUCGAUACGCCGUACUACAAUACGAAACGACUCUCAUUCAUGGUCGCGAAUGCAGAACACAUGCCCCAGAUCCCCUCCAACUCAGUCGAUCUGUACACCGUCUCGUUCGGCAUCCGCAACUUCACCAACAAACAAGCGGCCCUCAACGAGGCAUUCCGCGUGCUCAAGCCCGGCGGUGUGUUCGCAUGCAUGGAAUUCAGCAAAGUGCAAGACUUUGCGCUUUUUAAUGAGGUUUACAAAAGAUGGAGUUUUAGCGCUAUUCCACUUAUUGGACAGCUCGUUGCAGGGGACCGGGCGAGCUAUCAGUAUCUCGUCGAGAGUAUUGAGAAGUUCCCUUCCCAGGAGGAGUUUCGGGAUAUGAUUGCCAAGGCCGGGUUUGUGAUUCCGGGCCGGGGGUAUGAGAAUUUGUCGUUUGGGAUUGCGGCGAUUCACAAGGGAGUGAAGCCUGUCUGA